AUGUCCCGUAAGAGAUCCUUCAACUCUAGUGUGGCUCAACCAACAUCAACCAAAGACCAAAUGCCUCGAUAUGCUAACGUUCUAUGCUGUGUCUGUGGUGCGUCCAUGGCACCCAACCAGUCCAAUAUGUGUGUCAACUGCAUGAAGGGGGAGGUGGACAUCACUGAGGGUAUCUCUAAGCAGGCCGUGGUGAACUAUUGUCGGGAAUGCAAUCGGUAUCAGCGCCCUCCGUGGGUGCCAUGUGAACCGGAGUCUCGAGAGCUGCUAGGGAUAUGCCUCAAGAAAAUCAAGGGGCUCAACAAGGUCAAGCUGGUUGACGCCAACUUUAUUUGGCAAGCUCCCACGAGUAAGCGUAUGAAGGUGAAGUUGACCGUUCAGAAGGAGGUCAUGAACGGCGCCAUCAUGCAGCAAUCUAUGAUUGUUGACUUCAUCGUCGCCUGGCAGCAGUGUGAUGACUGUAAACGAACCUACACUCCGCACACUUGGAACGCUUCGGUCCAGGUCCGACAGAAGACAGAUCACAAGAGGACUUUCUAUUACCUAGAGCAGCUCAUCUUGAAGCAUGAUGCUCAUGAGAAGGUUGUUGGUAUCAAGAGGACCCCCGAUGGCCUCGACUUCCAUUUUGGUCAUCGGAGCCAUGCCCAGAAGUUCUCAGAGUUCGUCCUGAGUCAAGUCCCUUCUAGAGUGAAGCAGAGUAAGCACCUUAUUAGUCAUGAUUCCCACAAUACAACAUACAACUACAAGUACACUACUCUUAUCGACAUGUGCCCAGUGUGCAAGGAUGAUGUUGUUUUUCUACCCAAGGCCCUCAAGAACAAGCUUGGCGGUGUGAACCCGAUCCAGGUCGUCACUAAGGUCUCAAGCCAGAUUCGCCUGGUGGAUCCUCUCACAGGGAGGGUCUCUGACCUAGCGGGCAUUGAGUAUUGGAAGAACCCUUUCGAGCCUCUCCUGACUCGCCGACACUUGGUUGAGUUCACUGUCCUCAACGUCGAGGAGGACACUAGUCGAGCGCGAGCUGCCACCACCUUCAACAGACGAGGCCAGAAGGCCUAUACUAUGGUGGACCUGGAGCUUAUGCGUACCGAGAACAGCGGAGAGGCAGCAGCGGGGGAUCCGGAGAUCAUCACGGUGCGGUCCCACCUAGGUGGCGUGCUCCAACCUGGCGACCUCUGUGCAGGGUACGAUCUCCGUACUGUGAACGUAUCCGGUAUUGAUGAGGAGAUGCUCGAGAAGACCAAUCUGGAUGUGAUUAUUGUCAAAAAGACAUACACCCGGCAUCGACAGCGCAAGCGUCCAUGGAUGCUCAGAAGGCUUGAAAGGGAGGAUGCUGGUGGGGAAUCCAACGAUGGUGACUAUGAGCAGUUCAUGCGGGAUAUUGAAGAGGAUAAGGAUCUUCGUCAGGAGAUCAAUCUCUUCCGUGACCCAACAUGGAAAGAGCCUACUGCUGAGCAGAUGCCAGCAGCAGCAGCCGAGGAGGAGGAGGAAGCCGACGAAAACGAAGCCCCCGAAGUGGACCUGGCGGAACUACUUGAUGGUCUCACACUCAACGAUACAGGUGCGACUGUGGCUAAUGUGCAGCAAGAAGAUGAUGACGAGCUCUAGGAGCGGCUUGGUGUGUUUGUUGAUAUUUACGUCCAUAUCUGUCACUGUAUUCACCAGAGAA